CUAGCAAUCUAAGCAUUCAAGACUAUUCAAUCUGUCCGCUUACCGCCAAAAUUUCCCACGAAAACAAGAGUGAGGAAAUCAGAGUUUCAACUUUUAUCUUUCUUCCUUUAUCCGAUUUGAACUGUCAAAAUGUGGAACAGCGGAGGUGGUGGUUUUGAUGGCGGGUUUAUGAGCACCCAGCAAGAUUUUGCCUCCCCUGCUGGUCAGUCUGAGAAGAAGGCAAGGAGAUCCCAAAAUUUGAUUCCUGUCACAUUAAAAGCAGUCAUGGAUUCUACAGAUGACACUUUAAGAGUUAGUAACACUGAGGUUCAUAUGCUGAGUGUUGUUGGCUUGAUUAAGGCAGUGGAUGUUACAAGUACAAAAACUACCUAUAAAAUAGAUGACACAACUGCUGUAAUGGAUGCUGUACAGUGGGUUGAAAAUUCUUUCUCAAAACCUUUAAUAGAAAUGACCUACUGCCAGAUCUUUGGGUCUGUUCGCACACAAGCGGGGAAUAAAUACAUAAUGAUCUUUCGUAUCAUGCAUAUAGAAGACCCCAAUCUCAUAACUACACACAUGCUGGAAGUCAUUCAUUCAUAUUUAAAACUUCAGCAGAUUGAAAAGUUGCAAGCAGGUGGAAUGGCAAGUAACUCGGCGGGCAAUACAGGGAUGAUGGACAACUCUCUGGUUGGCACUACUGGUUUAGGUGGCGGUAUGAAUACUGGGAUGGGCAGUGGUGGAUUCAGUGGCAUGCAUGGCUUGAACACAUCUCAGAAUAUGGUGUUCCAGGUCCUCCGACAGUGUACUGAUGAGUCUGGAGUUGAGAGAGAAUUUAUCUUCCAACAGCUUUCUGGAAAACUUAGCAAGACACAGAUCAAUCAAGAGUUAGAUUUCCUGAGUUCAGAAGGCCACAUUUAUACCACCAUUGAUGAAGAUCAUUUCAAGACAACAGACGGGUAACAUGGGUUAUGGUAGAAUAUAAUAUAGAAAUAUAUCACCAAUAGUACAGUGCAUAUAUAGUAGGAUCAUUUUAUGAGUAAAAUUUUUUUCAAUGCUGAAGUGUUAUCCCUGUAGAUUACAAUAGUUCUAUGUGAUAGCAAAGCAUUCAAGGACUAUCUUUAUAAAGUUUUUACUAAUUAUUCAAAACUUCAGUUGUACAUCUUUUUUAAUAGUAUUGUAUUGUUCAAUAUCUGCAUAUCAAAAUUAUUCUAAUUUUCCAUAAAAUUGUUAAAACACCAUGGCUAUGAUCCAAAUUGGGCCCUUGAUAUUUUGUUUUAAAGAUUCUUGCAUAAUAUAUGUACUAUUCCUUUAUUUCCUUUAUUUUUCCUUAAAUACAUUUGUAUUUUAAUA